UGUCGCAGUGUUUUCAUGUUUUUGAAAGCGCAUAUGGCCGUGCAACAGUUGUCGUCUUGUUAAAGUUUUAGAAAUUGUUUUAUAUAUUUGUUUCUCGCUGCUCUCCUGUUUGCUGUUAAAGAAAUGAUGUUUAAAAGUUAUCGGUUUUUAAAAACAUUUUAAAAUCAUAAAAAAUCUUUUAAACGUUUUUAAAUUUAUUGCAUUGGACGAUUUUUCUUCCUAAAAUCAAAGACAGCUUGAUUGCAAAACAAUUUACAUUUUGUAAUUUGAAGAUGUCGUCUGCAAACGAACUUGAAACUUGUCCAUUUGAUGAGGCUCAUAAGGUGAAGAGGAGUAGAAUGCAGAUACACAUAGCAAAAUGUAGACUAAAUCAUCUGGAUAGCCCCCAACCAUUUGUUUGCCCAUUCAAUGCUACUCAUAUUCUUCCUGCACAAGAAAAGGCAUAUCAUCUAUCUCGGUGUCCUGAUAGAGUUGUAUUAGAUAGGACAGUAACUGCUCCCUUGCAUCAGAAUAAUCCUUUCAAGGGUCGUACUGCAGUACCGAGUGUUUCGGAACCAAUUCACGUUGAGCCAGAGGAAGUUUGGGAAGUAGAUGAUGACAUAAAACCUGGCUAUCAACCUACUAAAGAGGUUCCAAUUGGGGCCAUUAUUCAUCCAGAACCAUUGUCAAAGCCUGCAGUUAGGAGGCAGUUGUAUAAAGAACUUCACCAGAUGCCUUCCGGUUUGGAUAUAAAAUCUGAUGGUGCUACCAAAAAUAUUAAAUCUGGUGCUGCUAAUCCUGCUGCUCCUAUUCCUAGACAACCAAAGCAGCUGAGUGAAGCUGAAAGACAGUUUGAAGAUCAAGAUCCUAGUCCACAAUAUUUAGGACUUGGAAGAGGCAAGCCUCCUUCAACUAGAAUUGCUGCAAAUAUCUUUCCUCGGCAGCCACAAGUCAAUAAGGCUGCUCCUGCUCAAAGUAAUUACAGUGCUGUGAUAUCGGGAAUGAAAAACCUUGGUUUAGGCAGAGCUGUAGCAAAUACAGCUUCACCUAACCCAGUGGUUCUGAAUGAUGAUGAUUUUCCAGCACUUGGAGUUGGAAGAGGAUCUGCUAAAAAUCCUCAAAGACAAGGAAGAGGAGGUGCUAAAAAUCCUCAAAAAUAAGAAUUUAAAGCUCCUGGUUCCCGUUGGUGAAGUGAUUUGAAGUUUUAAUAAUCAACUUUCUGUGUAUGAAAAUGUUACAAUUUUAUAUUAAAUGUAUCGAUGUAUAAUAAAUUACUAUUAAUUUGUGUUUUAA